GCGCGGGCCGCGGAGUACGCACGUCAGCCGGCCGAGUCAGUCGCUUUCCGGCGUCGGUACACAGUGCACGUUUGACCACUCGCUUCACAACACCACAAAACUUGAGAAAUGGCCUGCUCAGUGAGUGACGCGCCCUCCCUGAAGGACCUGCCCAAGGUGGCCACAGACCUCAAGAGUCAGCUGGAAGGCUUCAACACCAGCUGCCUGAAGGACGUCGACACCAACGAAAAGAUCGUGCUGCCAUCUGCUGAAGACGUAGCGAUGGAAAAGCAACACACAGCCCUCCUUCAAGGCGUGGAACAGUUCCAAACCUCCUCCCUGAGGCGGACGGACACUGUAGAAAAAAUAGUCCUACCGAACGCACUAGAUGUAGCAGCAGAGAAAACUCAAAAAUCUCUAUUCGAUGGCAUUGAAAAAUUCGACGCCACUAGGCUGAAGCACACAGAGACACAAGAAAAGAACCCGCUCCCCGACAAAGAUGUCGUGGCAGCAGAGAAGGCGCACCAAAACCUCUUGGACGGCGUGGAACACUUCGACAAGACGCAGAUGAAGCACGCCACCAUGGAGGAAAAGAACCCCUUACCGCCCAUCGAAGCUAUCGAGGCGGAGAAAGAGAAGAACAAGUUCUUGAAUGGCAUCGAGAACUUCGACCCUACCAAGUUGAAGCACACAGAGACCUGCGAAAAGAACCCCCUCCCCACCAAGGACAUCAUUGAACAGGAGAAAACCGCUUGAGCGGUAUCUGUCGCCAAUAUAACUUGCUAGUAUCGCCCUAUUUUUAACUCGAUGUAAGUUAUGUAAGUCCGUUCGGGCCUUCCAUGUAACUCUACGGUCACACCAUGCCCUCUAACAUCAGCAAUGUACCUCAUCGUUUUAUAAUCGGUACCAGUGUGACCGUAGCAUUAGUCUCUUUUUUAAUUUUAUGCAAAAAAGAUUCAAAAUGGACGCCGCGAACUGGCCGUUAUCAUUAGUUUAAGAACCAAAAUUUCUAUGUCACUUUUAAUGGUAUAUAUUUUAAUACUUAAGCGUAUUUUAUGAGCAUUUUAUAAUUUAUUUUAUAUGAAAGGAAUAAUUAAGUAUUAAUGUCCAGUACUGAUUUGUUUAAGUCGGGAACAUUGCGCUGUGACCUGCAAGUUGCACGUCGUUAGCGCUUUGGCCUCUCUAGUUCAGUUUAAGUUGGAGCGUUUCGUCAUGUAUCUGGUCAGUAAUUAAGAGUGUAGUUACCAAGACUCAUUCGGAUUGAAAUUAAUUUUUGGCCUUAAUUUCUGCGUUAAUAUAGUGUUAUUUUUAAUAUUAUAUUUACUUAGAAAUAUACUUACAUACUUAAAAAUCAACGAAAUGUAGCAUCAUAAUGUGUUACUUGCUCAACCGCGUACGGAUAAGUAAGCUUCGGAGAAGUUCUCAAGCAAUAGUUUGAUGAUGUCAUAUUAUGAUAACUAAUGUAACAAUAAUAUUUUAUAGUAUCGAAUAUACAUCAAUAAUUUUCCAAUUUUAUAAUAUGCUAUGGAUGCCAAUACAUAAACCAUUUUUAUCGGAAUUUUGUAUGUUUUACAGACGGUGCUUUUUUAUAAAUAUAGAUGAAAAACGUA